ACGCCUCUCUCUACCUCCACUCUCUCUCCGCAGCUUCCGUCCCACUCUCCUGUUCGCUUCUCUGCAUCGCAUUUCUCUCCAUCCACACGGAGUAAGGUAUUGUUCAACAGCGACAGUUAACGGUUACCCUGCCCAGGAACGGGCAAGACUGCAGUCUCCUGAACACCAACUAAAACAAAACGACUGAAUCAGGGACAGCAGCGGUGACAGACUUCCAAACAAAAUGUCGUCAGAACCCUCUACCCAGUGAUGUCGUCAGAACCCUCUACCCAGUGAUGUCCUCAGAACCCUCUACCCAGUGAUGUCGUCAGAACCCUCUACCCAGUGAUGUCCUCAGAACCCUCUACCCAGUGAUGUCGUCAGAACCCUCUACCCAGUGAUGUCCUCAGAACCCUCUACCCAGUGAUGUCGUCAGAACCCUCUACCCAGUGAUGUCGUCAGAACCCUCUACCCAGUGAUGUCGUCAGAACCCUCUACCCAGUGAUGUCGUCAGAACCCUCUACCCAGUGAUGUCGUCAGAACCCUCUACCCAGUGAUGUCGUCAGAACCCUCUACCCAGUGAUGUCGUCAGAACCCUCUACCCAGUGAUGUCGUCAGAACCCUCUACCCAGUGAUGUCGUCAGAACCCUCUACCCAGUGAGCUCAAGGUCAAACCAAGGUCACAGGGGGAAAGGAGGAGUGAAAAACGGAAGAAUGUGAGAUGAGAUUUCAUUCUCUUGUUCCCUGGCUAUAACAAAGACCCAGAAAGCACCCAUAGAGAGAGAGAAAGAAGAGAGCGAGAGAAAGAGGGAGAAGAGAGAGAGAGAAGGAGGAAGAAUAGAGAAAGAGAGAGAGAAAGAGGGAGAAUAGAGAGAGAGGAGGAAUAAUAGAGAAAAAGAGAGAGAAAGAAAGAAGAAGAGAGAAAGAGAAGUAAACAAUAGAAGGAAAGAGAAAGAGAGAGAAAAGGAGGAGAACACACAAAUCCAUGAAUGACAGCAGAACCCGAGAGGUGUCUUUGAGAUUGCCUGAAGGACCCUUCCUUCACUAUGAGUGUCCCAGCUGGUCUCCAGAGUCUGUCUGUCAGCGGACGAGACAUAAAAAUCAACAACAACAAAUCUCGUGUCCUGUUUCACCCUCCGACUGGAGAUGCUAACGCUAACCAGCUAGUGCUAAUGGGGGAGACCCCAGACGACCAGGCCUCCAGCCCUCUACCCCCCCUGGUGGCCCAGAGCGAAGCCCAGGACAAGCUUCUUAUCUGGGGCACGGAGGAGCGAUGUCUGGACCAUGACAUCCAGGAGUUGGAACUGCUAGAGUGUCGCGAGAUACACACCUUCCAUGGAGAUGGAGAUGAACUGGGGGAUGGAAAGAGAGUAGGAGAAGUGGAGGAGGAUGACGAAGGGGAGGAUUCUAAAAGAGGAGCAGAUGAAGGACUGCUGUCGAUCUCUUCCGGCUCCACGGCCAGCUGUGUUUCCGUCCACAGGAACGAUAACGAUAGCAAUGGGAGGGACAGAAGGACGGAGAGACAAAAAGAGGUAGAGAGAGAGAGAGAGGUGCUCCGUCAGGAUCUCAACUACAGCGGCCCUCGAUCAGAAGGAGGUAAAGAGAUGGGAGGAGGAGGAGGAGGAGGAGGAGGAGGAGGGCAGAACAGCGGGGGUGACAGAGGGAGUCUCUGUGUGUCUGCUGUUUCCACCCUGAGCAGCAGUCUGGACCCUCCUGGACAACCAUUGACCUUUAACCUCAAUCCCCCUGUUGGCCUGACCUCCACAGCAGCACCACACUGUCAGGACACUCUUAACCUGGGAGGACUACAGUACCCGAGGUCACCUGACCAAGAAGUACAUCAUCAGUACCAGGAAACAUCUAACCAGGAAGUAGAACUGUCGAGGGGUCAAAGUGGCCAAAGUGCGACAGAGGAGGGGUCUAAACCGGAUGUUACCACUCAAAGACAGAACGUGAGGUGUUACCAGGGAAACAGCAUUUUGUCCUCCUCAGAUGGAGGGAGGAUAAAGGGAGUAGUGCCUCCUCCUCCUCGCAGACAACAGCUCGUCCGACCUCUCUGUCAGUUGGAACCAGGAAGAGGGAGGAGCUUAGCUGAGCCAAUCACAACACGGCGCUCCUCGACCUCUCCCUCCCUAUCUCCAGAUGCAGGUCGUAAGGUCGUGGACCCAGGUCACCACGGGGUCGACGGCAGGCAAACACAAGAGACCCUAGAGGUCAAGAGUUCAAUGGUCAACUGUAACAGUUACUCCCACCUUCACUCCCACCCCCAUUACCAGCCCAGCUCCUUCCCCGGAGCUCCCCAGCCCAGCCAGGCCGGCCAGUCUGCCCAGAGAGAGGCAUGUUCCCUGGAUAGAGGAGGGAGCAGCGCAGAACGCACCGCCAGCCUGGAGAGGAGACAUCAGUACCAGGACCAGUCUCAGCUCAGAUACCGUAGAACUAACCGCUGUGGGGCUACCGUCACCUCUCAACCCCCUCGCUCUCCACUCGGAACCCCACAGGGGUCACCACGGAGACAACAACAACAACAACAGCAGCCCAUGUCCCCUUCAAGGAUCAUUACCGGUUCAGCUCGGUUUCCCCAGGGCUAUGGUAGCAGUGGGCUUAGACCACCACUCAAAUCUAACCUUGCUUCUACAGGGAUACCCAUACCUCCCCUACACCACCAGACCCCUAACCCCAGCUCCAGCCCCCCCAAGCCCAAAGGAGUGAGGCCCAAAAUCAUCACCUACAUCCGGAAGGGUCCUCAACUCAAACCCCAGGCUUCAGACGGGCCUUACCAGGUCUCCUCCCUGCCUACCAGGCUCUCGGCCUAUACACAUACGCACUCCCCUGCCACACACACACCUCAGAAGCACUCCUCUAGCCCCAAAACGCACACCAACACACACUCCCGUGGCACAGCGUCUAGAAACACACCGGUCCUGAGUGCCUCCAACCUCCUCUACGACAAAUACAGACAGGAGAUGCAGAAAAACCGUCUGUUCAACUCUAGCGUGAUGGGAACAGGGAUCCGAUCCCAUGGCCACACACACACUGUCCCCCCGACACACACACCGUUUGGCUCUCACACACACACCCACACACACACUGUCCCCCCGACACACACACCGUUUGGCUCUCACACACACACGCACACACACACCGGAGCCCACACUCACAGCCACACAGCCCCUCCGAAGCUGGGCAGCAAGGCUGAGAGCUUCUAUGGGCCACUGGUGGACAAGCACCAACCAGCAGAGAUGGGUAGAAAUGCGGGCAGCCUUGGUCGCGAGGACCCCUCAGGCCCCAGGAUGGCAACCCAGGCGGCUCAAGCCGGCGGCAGUCUGCUCCGCUCUGGCAUAGGGCUGCGCCCGCAACUGGGUCUGGGGGCUGUUGUACGGGCAACUCCGGGAUCUGUCGUUGUCACAGCAACCAAGAACCAGAUGAUGGUUCAGGGUCAGAGGACAGCAUUGGGAUUCAGUCAACCAGUGCAGGCCGUCAGCCCAGCGACCAAUCAGAAUGGACAGGACAACACAGGUGACCAGCAAAGACGGUCACCCGCCCCAGCUCCGUUCCAGACCCCCAGAACUCUGCUCCCUAAGUGCAGCCAGUCAGCGCUGCGGACUCCUGGGUUCAGCUCUGUGUGUCUCCCUCCUGGACUCUCUGGUGCCCCUGGGGCUGGGCGUCUGGCUGCGUUCGGCUUCAUACGGAGCUCCAGUGUCUCGUCUGUGUCCUCUCUCCACUCUGUUGAGAGCUCCCCGUCAGACCCCUGUCGACGGCCCAGUGUGUGUAUGGACCCUCCCCUCUACAGAGUGAUCAACCCCCCCUGUACAGACCCCCAGAGAGGAGGGGGACCCCCAAACUAUACCACCCGUAGCCUACAGCCCCCAUCUACCCCGGCCCUGCCUCGAAGAUACCUGCCUGCUCAGCCCAGAGGGUCACCUGUUGGUGUGAGGAAGGAGUUCCCGAGGAGUUCUGAGAUCACAAGGUCCCUCCCUUCCUCUCCUAAGAGGCUGGCUGUGGUGCCUCCUAAACCCCAGUCACCAGGUCUCCCCAGGCAGCGUCCAGCAGCAGCGUCCAGAGUGUCAGUCCCCCCCGGCUCCCCUCGGCGCGUUCCCCCCUUCAGGCCAAAGCAGGAACAGCAGGAGAACCUGCAGAGGGAGAAAGAGGAGGCGCAGUUGAAGGAGAGAGAGAGGGAGGAGCAGGAGAGGGAGAGAGAGAGGGAGAAAGAGGAGGCGCAGUUGAAGGAGAGAGAGAGGGAGGAGCAGGAGAGGGAGAGAGAGAGGGAGAAACAGAGGGAGGAGGUGCAGAGGCUUCAGAAUCGCUGUGUGGAACAGGAGGACCAGCUAACAUCACUGAGAGAGGAACUGAGGAAGACUACGCUAGGACUACAAGCCUUCAUCAUUACUUCCCAACACUACUGUCUACAGAAUGAGAGCGCUACAGAGAAGGAGAAAGAGCUCUCCCUGGAGAUUCAGAGGAUCAGACAGGAAGUCGCUUCUAACACCACCCAAUGGGAGAGGCUGCAAAAGGAGAAGGCGGAGCUGGAGGUGGGGUUUGAGCGGGAGCUCCAGGAACUGCAGCUGCAGCAGGAGGAGGAGCUAUCGGCGGUGGAGGCGGAGCUAAGGGUCUGUCACUCAAAGGAGACGGAACACCUGAGGGCGGAGCAUCAGGAAGAGGUGGAGGAGAUCAGGACCCAGCAGCAGGAGCAGAUGGAUGAGCUGACGGUGAACCACGAGGCGGCCAUUCAGGAGCUGAGGGACAUGCACAACAUUACCAUGACGACGCUGUACGAGGAGCACGCUCGCACCAUGAGGGGUGGACACCCUGUUGUUCCAGAAGAGUAGCCUGAGGGACAAGGCCAAGCGCUUCGAAGAGGCACUGAGAAGAAGCACCGACGAACACAUAAUGGAUACCCUAGCCCCAUACCAGCACAUUGAGGAGGAUUUGAAGAGCUUGAAGGAUGUUGUGGAGAUGAAGAACAACCAGAUUCACCAACAGGAGAAGAAGAUCUCUGACCUGGAGACAGUGGCCCAGAAGAACGUUGUGCUAGAGGAACGUAUGCAGGUGCUACAGCAGCAGAACGAAGACCUGACGGCCCGUAUAGACAAUAACCUAGCUCUGUCCAGGCAUCUCUCAGAGGAGAACGCUAACCUGCAGGAGAAUGUAGAGAAGGAGAACGGAGAGAAGAAACGACUGAGCCGUAACAAUGAGGAGCUCCUCUGGCGUCUACAGACCUCCCCUCUCUGCUCCCCCUGCUCCUCUCCCAUCCACCGCUCCUUCUCCACCUCCCCCACUCCGUCUUCCUGCCUCUUCUCCUGCUCUCCCGGGAUGGGAGGAGGGACGGGGUUUGACUCCCCCUCUCACUACUGUGGGGGAUACCUGCCCCCCGCACCUACACAUGGCUACUCCCCUAGUCACAGAGAUAAUCAGAAUCAGUCUCCAGGGCCGGCUACGCCCACUCACAGAGGAUUCUCCAAUCAGAAUCAGUGUCCAGGACCGACCACGCCCACUCACAGAGGAUUCUCCAAUCAGAAUCAGUCUCCAGGACCGGCGACGCCUACUCACCGAGUGUCACCCAAUCACUGUCACUCGCCUGCUCGGCUCAACCCCCUCAUGAGAUGAGCUCACCUUUCUCUCUUCCUGUCUUUCUUUCUCUUUUCAUCUCUUUUCUGUUAAUAAUCUCUCGUGGACAGACUACUUAGACAUAAAUGGUAGUGUACAUCUGUCAUGAUACAAUGGAAUGUGUGCGAUAACUAGCAGCAUUAGUUCAGGUGUUUUGGACAAAAUCACUAUUUUUUGCUUGUGUAAUCGUCUUUCAAAAGUGGAGGGGACAUUUGGCCCGUUAUUAACUUGCAUAAAGGGUGGAGCUCUUUGUUCCAGUUUUGAUCCUCUCUUUAACACAUACUGUAUGGACCCAGAAUUGAAUCGAACAUCUGACCAGUCACGCAAAGUUCUGGUUUAACCAAGAUAACUUUUCUGAUAUAAUGUUGCACGAGGUUUAAGUGCUAGAUAAGAUGCGUGUUCUCUCCAGCUACAACGGCUGUAAGAAAAGAGAAUAGACAGAACUCCACUAGCAUCGCUAAUAUACUCUAACAAUGCCUUUCUGCUAGCCACUCGAUGGCUAACUCCACUAGCAUCUCUGUAUCCAUUGACCCAGGCUAGCUGACCUAGCCUCUCGUUGGCUAACCCCACUAGCAUCUCUGUAGCCAUUGACCCAGGCUAGCUGACCUAGCCUCUCAUUGGCUAACUCCACUAGCAUCUCUGUAGCCAUUGACCCAGGCUAGCUGACCUAGCCUCUCGUUGGCUAACUCCACUAGCAUCUCUGUAGCCAUUGACCCAGGCUAGCUGACCUAGCCUCUCAAUGGCUAACUCCACUAGCAUCUCUGUACCCAUAGACUAAGACUAGCUGACCUAGCCUCUCGAUGGCUAACUCCUCUAGCAUCUCUGUACCCAUAGACUAAGACUAGCUGACCUAGCCUCUCAAUGGCUAACUCCACUAGCAUCUCUGUACCCAUAGACUAAGACUAGCUGACCUAGCCUCUCAAUGGCUAACUCCACUAGCAUCUCUGUACCUAUAGACUAAGACUAGCUGACCUAGCCUCUUGAUGGCUAACUCCACUAGCAUCUCUGUACCCAUAGACUAAGACUAGCUGACCUAGCCUUUCAAUGGCUAACUCCACUAGCAUCUCUGUACCCAUAGACUAAGACUAGCUGACCUAGCCUCUUGAUGGCUAACUCCACUAGCAUCUCUGUACCCAUAGACUAAGACUAGCUGACCUAGCCUCUCAAUGGCUAACUCCACUAGCAUCUCUGUACCUAUAGACUAAGACUAGCUGACCUAGCCUCUUGAUGGCUAACUCCACUAGCAUCUCUGUACCCAUAGACUAAGACUAGCUGACCUAGCCUUUCAAUGGCUAAGAAAAGAUAAUAGCCUUUCAAUGGCUAACCCAUAGACUAAGACUAGCUGACCUAGCCUCUUGAUGGCUAACUCCACUAGCAUCUCUGUACCUAUCGACUAAGACUAGCUGACCUAGCUUCUCAAUGGCUAACUCCACUAGCAUCUCUGUACCCAUGGACUAAGACUGACCUAGCCUCUUGAUGGCUAACUCCACUAGGAUCUCUUUACCCAUAGACUAAGCCUAGCUGACAUAGCCUGUUGAUGGCUAACUCCACUAGCAUCUCUGUACCAAUAGACUCAUACUAGCUGACCUAGCCUCUUGAUGGCUAACUCCACUAGCAUCUCUGUACCCAUAGACUCAUACUAGCUGACCUAGCCUCUCGAUGGCUAACUCCACUAGCAUCUCUGUACCCAUAGACUCAUACUAGCUGACCUAGCCUCUUGAUGGCUAACUCCACUAGCAUCUCUGUACCCAUAGACUCAUACUAGCUGACCUAGCCUCUCUGCUGUACCCUGUAGACUCCAUGAAGGUACACCACCAGCAAACUGAAGAACACUGGAGACUUAUCUCUUUAAGGAUCUCUCUUUGUCUGUCCUCAACCUGGAUGUGUAGCUGACUGGCUAGCUAGUGCUUGGCCUGCAAGUGGAACCAGCUAACUGAUGAACAAGGGAGACCUCUCUAUCUCUUUAAGGAUCUCUCUCUUUAAGGAUCUCUCUCUCUCUGUCCUCACCUGGAUGUGUAGCUGACUAGCUAGCUAGUGCUUGGCCAGCAAGUGGAACCAGCUAACUGAUGAACAAGGGAGACCUCUCUAUCUCUUUAAGGAUCUCUCUCUAUCUCUUUAAGGAAGCUGACUGGCUAGCUAGUUCUAGAACGUGAGGACGUAGUGCAUUCAACCACGGACUACAUUGAACGACUCUAGUGUAUUCAAACACCAACCACGGGCAGUGCUGAAAUGUAGAUUGUAUUGUGCUCAGCAGAAACGGACUCCGCUUCAAUGUAUUGUAUAUAGAAACAGACAGACAGACAGACAGGCUGACAAUGUAUGUUGUUACAAUGAGUAGAAACAGACAGACAGACAGGCUGACAAUAUAUGUUGUUACAAUGAGUAGAAACAGACAGACAGACAGGCUGACAAUAUAUGUUGUUACAAUGAGUAGAAACAGACAGACAGACAGACAGGCUGACAAUGUAUCUUGUUACAAUGAGUAGAAACAGACAGACAGACAGACAGGCUGACAAUAUAUGUUGUUACAAUGAGUAGAAACAGACAGACAGACAGACAGGCUGACAAUGUAUGUUGUUACAAUGAGUAGAAACAGACAGAUGGACGGACUGAGAGUAUAUGUACCACCGGAUGGGAACAGUGGUAGUCUCUGCUUAGUUUUUCGGGUCCCAAACCACCACCCCACCCCCUCCACCAUGCAGGGACGGACUGGGACCAGAAACAGGACCGGCAUUUAUAACACACCGAUACACGGCUAGUCCAUCUCCGCUACCACGAAUGUGUCUGUACCAAGUGCUAACUACCAACCAAAUGGAACCGUGGAUGAAAUAACAGGAUUCUCUCUCAAGGAAGCAUCUUUAUACUCUGGACCAGUUGUUGUUCACUACCAACUUUUACCAGCACAUGAAGUCCAACAGGAUUCUCUUUCAAGGAAGCAUCUUUAUACUCUGGACCAGUUUUUGUUCACUACCAACUUUUACCAGCACAUGAAGUCCAACAGGAUUUUACAGAUGAUUUUAAAUCCAUGUUUUAAAGGAUGUUUGAUAAACUGUUUCAGUUUUUACCAGCAAAAACAAUAACACUUAAACAGAAGCGCUUCCAAUCCAGACUGAAUCCAAAUCCGCUCCAGUCUUCCGCUCUCUCUACAUGGAUAUUACCUGUGGGUAGGGUAUGUACAUGUAUCCCUUAACCGUUGAUUCAGUUCAAAUGUAUCCAACACAUAUUUAGGAUUGACUGAUCUACCAAUAACAAUGGGGAGGCAGGUAACCUAUCGGUUAGAGCGAUAGGGAUUAGUAACCGAAAGGUUGCUAGUUUGAAUCCCCCCCCCCCCCGAGCCGACAGGGCGAAAAAAAAAAAUCUGUCCUACUGCCCUUGAGCAAGGCACUUAACCUUAACUGGUCUAGGGUCGCUGUCAAUAAUGGUUGAUCCCCUUAGUCGUGACCCCACUCUCUGAGGGUGUCUCAGGGAGAGUUGGGAUAUGCAAAAAAAAAAGUUUUUUCAAUUCACACAUAAAAUCGGAGAUAUAUACUGUAAGUACCCACGAAUAGAGUGUCAGUUAGAACACAGACACCGGGAUGUAAAAAUACCGACCACAGGAAUUGUUGUUUGUUGUUUUCUAAGUGAUAUUUGUAAACGUAUUUAUUGGCCUUUUGUAUACUUUAUCUACUUUACCAAGCAUGUCUUCCGGUCCUCUCGCUGUCUGGAGCCUGGGGCCUAUAGGUUCCAUCCCAUGUCUUCCGGUCCUCUCGCUGUCUGGAGCCUGGGGCCUAUAGGUUCCAUCCCAGGUUUUCCGGUCCUCUCGCUGUCUGGAGCCUGGGGCCUAUAGGUUCCAUCCCAGGUUUUCCGGUCCUCUUGCUGUCUGGAGCCUGGGGCCUAUAGGUUCCAUCCCAGGUUUUCCGGUCCUUUCGCUGUCUGGAGCCUGGGGCCUAUAGGUUCCAUCCCAGGUUUUCCGGUCCUUUCGCUGUCUGGAGCCUGGGGCCUAUAGGUUCCAUCCCAGGUUUUCCGGUCCUCUCGCUGUCUGGAGCCUGGGGCCUAUAGGUUCCAUCCCAGGUUUUCCAGUCCUCUCGCUGUCUGGAGCCUGGGGCCUAUAGGUUCCAUCCCAGGUUUUCCGGUCCUCUCGCUGUCUGGAGCCUGGGGCCUAUAGGUUCCAUCCCAGGUUUUCCGGUCCUCUUGCUGUCUGGAGCCUGGGGCCUAUAGGUUCCAUCCCAGGUUUUCCGGUCCUUUCGCUGUCUGGAGCCUGGGGCCUAUAGGUUCCAUCCCAGGUUUUUCGGUCCUUUCGCUGUCUGGAGCCUGGGGCCUAUAGGUUCCAUCCCAGGUUUUUCGGUCCUCUUGCUGUCUGGAGCCUGGGGCCUAUAGGUUCCAUCCCAGGUUUUCCAGUCCUCUCGCUGUCUGGAGCCUGGGGCCUACGGUUCCAUCCCAGGUUUUUCGGUCCUCUCCCUGUCUGGAGCCUGGGGCCUACGGUUCCAUCCCAGGUUUUUCGGGAAUUUUAGGAAAAACCUAGGAAUUGUGGGAACAUUUUGCAACCCUACGUAGAGUAGUUGUGAUGUUUAUCAGACCUGGGUUUCAAAUACAACAAAAAAAUAAUCUCAAUAAAUAGAUUAAAAUACUUUAUCUGUGGCUGUUUGAGCUUGCCUGGCUUAACUAACUCAUAGAAAAGUCUCAAAACGGACCCCACCCUCCCCGUCCAUUCACUCCAGGCAGACUCAAGGAAACGCUGAAAGUAUUUGAAACAAUUUGUCUCGUAUUUGAAACCAGGUUUUGCUCUGUAUUAACAGGAGAAAACGUUGUUUUUUAAACAGAGAGAUGCUAGCCGGGCUGUAUUCAUUCCGCCAAAACAAAACGUUUUGUUUCGUUUUGCAACUAGAACAAGAGUUUCUAUUGGACAAAAUUCAGGUAGGUUCUUUCCCCGUUUCGUUCUGUUGGACAAAAAAUUUUGCAACUUAAAAAUGUUUUUUAGCGGAAUGAAUACCGCCCAGAACUAAUUAACCUACUAAAUGGGACACAGAUUUGUAACAAACAAAAAAAUAUGUAUAAAUGCUGGUCUGACCAAUAGGAGAAGAGUAGAAUGUGAUGCUUCUGCCGUUAGACCAAUAGGUGACAGAGAUUAUGGGAUGUCGUUUCUCCACCUGGCCAAUAGAGGGAGUUUGGAGGGAGGGGGGGGGGGGGGUGUCAAAAUGAGAGAGUGUGUAUUUCAUUGUAAUAUAUCGAUUUGUUCAGAAGUGGUUGAAAACGUUCAGAACGCAGCAGAUAAAUACAGUUUCAAGACACAAUGAUUGUGUCUUCUCCAUGACGUAGAAGAAUGUAUUUUCUACGUGAUAUAUUUCUAUAUUUCUAUCUGAGCGUUCUGUAACGUUGCCCCUGGUAACCACAUUAUCACCUCUGUACAUACAACGAGAGAGAAACUGUUUAUCUUGGGAGUAGUGUACCUAGACACAACUAUACUAGAAAAGUCCAGUGUAAGGAGUAGUGUAGAUACAACGAGAGAGAAACUGUUUAUCUUGGGAGUAGUGUACAUACAACGAGAGAGAAACUGUUUAUCUUGGGACUGGUGUACCUAGACACAACUAUACUAGAAAAUACAGUUUAGGGAGUAGUGUAGAUUCAACGAGAGAGAAACUUUAAAACGACUGGGAUCUUUUUUCAGUCUCUAGCUCUAACCAGGUUUCUGUGAUUAGUCAAAACCACAGGUCUUAUUGGUGCACACCAUUUCAAAACCGCAGGUCUUAUUGGUGCACACCAUUUCAAAACCACAGUUCUUAUUGGUGCACACCUUUUCAAAACCACAGGUCUUAUUGGUGCACACCUUUUCAAAACCACAGGUCUUAUUGGUGCACACCAUUUCAAAACCACAGGUCUUAUUGGUGCACACCUUUUCAAAACCACAGUUCUUAUUGGUGCACACCUUUUCAAAACCACAGGUCUUAUUGGUGCACACCUUUUCAAAACCACAGGUCUUAUUGGUGCACACCAUUUCAAAACCACAGGUCUUAUUGGUGCACACCUUUUCAAAACCACAGGUCUUAUUGGUGCACACCUUUUCAAAACCGCAGUUCUUAUUGGUGCACACCUUUUCAAAACCGCAGGUCUUAUUGGUGCACACCAUUUCAAAACCACAGUUCUUAUUGGCGCACACCUUUCCUACCCAUUUCUCAGUAGUUGGUAUUCAGAUUUAUCGUAUGAAGGUGUAGUAUUCAUACAAUAGAGUUUUCAGGACAUUUAUCUAAAGUCAUCCCGAAUUUAAAUUCGGUGUAGCAUUAAUUAAAAAUAAAUAAAAAUAGUCCACAGACUACAUGGAGAGAACGGUUCAGAAUAUUAGGGACCAAAAAUAUAAAUGCAACAUGUAAAGUGUUGAUCCCAUGUUUCACGAACUGAAAUAAAAUAUCCAAAAAAUGAUCUAUACGCACAAAAAAGAUAAUUUCUCUCAAAUUUCGUGCACAAAUGUGUUUAUAUCCCUGUUAUUGAGCAUUUCUCCUUUGCCAACAUAAUUCAUCCACCUGACAGGUGUAGGAUAUCUAGAAGCUGAUGAAACAGCAUGAUCAUUACACUGGUACACCUUGUGCUGGGGACAAUUAAAAGGCCACUCGAAAAUGUGCAGUUUUGUCACACAACACAAUGCCACAGAUGUCUCAAGUUUUGAGGGAGCUUGUAAUUGGCAUGCUGACUGCAGGAAUGUACACCAGAGCUGUUUGCCAUAUAAUUGAAUGUUCAUUUCUCUACCAUAAGCCGUCUCCAAAGUCGUUUUAGAGAAUUUGGCAGUAGGUCCAACCGGCCUCACAACUGCAGACCACGUGUAACCACGCCAGCCCAGGACCUCCACAUCCCACUUCCUCACCUGCAGGAUUGUCUGAGACCAGCCACCCAGACAGCUGAUGAAACUGUGGGUUUGCACAACUGAAGAAUUUCUGCUCAAACUGUCAGAAACCGUCUCAGGGAAGCUCAUCUGCGUACUCGUCGUAUUCAGGGUCUGACUGCAGUUUGGCGUCGUAACCAACAGUGGGCAAAUGCUCACCUUCGAUGGCCACCGACACGCAGGAGAAGUGUGCUCUUCACAGAUGAAUACCGGUUUCAACUGUACAUGGGAAAGAUGGCAGACAGCGUGUGUGGCGUCGUGUGGGUGAGCGGUUUGCUGAUGUCAGUGUUGUGAACAGAGUGCCCCUGGUGGUGGUGUGGUUAAGCUACAGACAAUGAACACAAUUGCAUUUUAUCAAUGGCAAUUUGAAUGCACAGAGAUACCGUGACGAGAUCCUGAAGCCCCAUUGUCGUGUCAUUUAUCAUCAUUACUAUUUUCGCCAUCACCUCAUGUUUCAGCAUGAUAAUGCACGGGUCCACAUGUCACAAGGAUCUGUACACAAUUCCUGGAAGCUGACAUUGUCCCAGUUCUUCCAUGGCCUGCAUAUUCAACAGAGAUGUCCCCCAUUGAGCAUGUUCGGGAUGCUCUGGAUCGACGUGUACUACAGCGUGUUCCAGUUCCCACCAAAAUAUCCAGCAACUUCGCACAGCCAUUGAAGAGGAGAGGAACAACAUUCCACAGGCCACAAUCAACAGCCUGAUCAACUCUAUGUGAAGGAGAUGUGUCACGCUGCAUGAGGCAAAUGGUGGUCACACCAGAUACUGACUGGUUUUCUGAUCCACGCACCUACUUUUUAUUUAAGGUACAUUAUCUGUGAUCAACAGAUGCAUCAGUCAUGUGAAAUCCAUAUAUUAGGGCCUAAUUAAUUAAUUUUAAUUGACUGAUUUCCUUACAUGAACCGUAACUCAGUAAAAUCUUAGAAAUUGUUGCAUGUUGUAUUAUUGUUCAGUGUUAAUACACUCAUAUUCGCGCCUUUUCGGCACCAAUUGGUAGAUAAAAAAAAUACUCUGAUCUUGUAUUAUUAUUUUAAAAAUGCACCAAGGAGAAAUACAUUCGCCAUUUCCUGUUUUGCAAAAAAAGUCUAAUAGUUUGCUUAAUUUUCAGUUUGUGACAAAACAAUAAAAUAUGGUGUGGAGAAUCAUUGUACCAUCUAAACCGCUAUGAGAUAUAUUUUCCAUAAACACAAAUAUUGCAUAUUCAGCUGUUUGAAGAUGAUGUAGAAAAAAAACGAAAGUAAAAGACGCACAAAUGAACGUUAAGACCGGGACUCAUAGAAAUGGCGCCCAUAGAACAGAUCUACCACUAUUUAGACUUGCUUUCAAUGAGAAUGACAGGUCGCCCAAAAAAGGUACAUCUUGCACCUAUAAGGUUAGGAAAGUAUUCAUUAAUCAUUUUAAAAAACGGUUUAGAGAGCCUUUAAUGCACGAAAUAUAUAUAUUUUUUAAACGGUGAAUUGAUUCAUUCGUUGACACAUUCAGUUCUUCAACCCAUGGUAAUGUUGGAAUAUGUGCGCGCAUAUAACUAUAAUAGGGGAAAUAGUGUACAAUAGUAGUUAUACCCCUCUUCUAUUGCCUGCACUAACCAUGGAACUGUGUAAAUGACACAGACAAGUGUUGCGCCAUGCUUCGGGUUCAAACUGUUACGGCUUGGUCUGCGCUCCGUAGCGAUUCAAUUCACAUACAUGUCUUUUUUUUUUACAUUCAAUGUGAUCAACAUCCGUGACGGCGUUUACCGCGGAAGCAAAUGAAGGUAUUUCAUUUAAAACAUUGGAAAUUGUCCAAAGGUUAAAUGUCACAUGCUCACAUGAAAAUGUCAAGUUAAAAGGCCAUAGCCUUACAAUUUAAAUUCUACAUAAAUGGCACAACAUUUCAUUAACAUCACAUCCCUGUGGGAAGGUUGAUAGGCUUCAGCUUGACUGGUUUUCACAUUUGUCUCCAGCGAUCAGAAGGUAAAACAGAUCUAAAACAAUUGUCAUUUAUAUUUACAAUCCCCUUAUUCAAACGGAUUACUCAUUUACCAAGCUCUUAUCAAUAGCUCUUAUAAAUAUGUAAAUUAAGCGCCACGGUGCAUGGAGAAUGAAGAAGGGCGUUAUUUCAAUUGUGGGGGGUAGAUAUUUUUCACACUUGGAACCGACAAGUCGUUUCAUCCCGCGUAAAGGUGGUGGAAUUAUGAGGGAAUUAAAUCAAUGGCAGAAUACGGUGUAUCUGUAGACACACCUCUGCCACACCUCAAUUUAUGCGAUCUCUACCGCUAACGAAUAGCUGGCCGAAACACGAGUUACCCCGUGCAUAAAUUCAAGGUCAGAAUACGCUUAGAGAGGAAAUUGCAUAACAUUGGAAUUAAGUUCCAUUUACUCACGCGUAACUCGGAUCGGGAAUCGGGAUAAUGGGUGUUGGACCACACUACCUUUACCAAAGGAGGCUCCUCUAGUGAGGAAGAGGAGGACGGUCUUCCUCGUGACAUUGACAACACUGUGUUUACAUUAUGAAACGGUCUCUAGAUCCCAAUGACUCAUACAGGAAACCUGGCUCUGGCUUUUGACUGAAUUGGGCCCAUAGAACAGUUAUGUAGAAUACUUGAGAGAGAGAAAAGAAAGUGUUUACAUAGCUCUAACAGUGUUUGGACAAUUCUGGAAAAACAACAGUAUCUGAAGGUAGAACUCUGCCUACCCGGCAGGCCCAGAGGGAUGUUUUACUUUCUCCGAUCAUAGGAGUAACACCAUGAAUUGGUGCACGAGGCACAAGUACUGCAGUGCAACUUAAGUUUUUCGCCAUCGGCUGGAAGACGGUGUCCCCUUUUCUCAGCAGAGAGAGGAGGGAGG